GUGUUUAUUCCACGUAACUUCACGUUUCCGGUUUGCGCUAACGCUACAUCCGCUGCAGGGCUUGGAACAAGUCUGUCGUUUGAAUUAGUGUCCGUGUGGUACUUGCUGAAUCCCAAUAUGAACACGGUCCUGUCGAGAGCUAACUCGCUGUUUGCCUUCUCCCUGAGCGUCAUGGCGGCUCUGACUUUCGGCUGCUUCAUCACCACAGCGUUUAAAGACAGAAGGGUUCCUGUGGACAUCCACGUCUCUAAAGUCAUGCUGAAGAACGUUGAUGACUUCACUGGACCCCGAGAACGAAGUGACCUGGGUUUCAUCACCUUUGACCUUUCAGCUGAUUUGCAGCCAAUUUUUGAUUGGAAUGUGAAGCAGUUGUUUCUCUAUCUGUCUGCUGAGUAUGCCACAAAGAGCAAUUCUCUGAACCAGGUCGUCCUGUGGGAUAAGAUCGUUCUUCGAGGUGAGAACACCAAGCUGAACCUCAGAGACAUGAAGUCCAAGUACUUCUUCUUUGACGAUGGAAACGGACUGAGGGCCAAUAAGAACAUCACCUUGACAUUGUCCUGGAAUGUAGUUCCCAACGCUGGAAUCCUGCCCCUGGUGGCUGGAAGUGGACACGUCAGCAUACCUUUCCCAGAGACCUACGAGACCACCAAGAGCUAUUAGAGAUGCACACAUCCAGCAUUGACUGUGCUCUGACCGCUGAAACAAGAUGUAACUGAGUUUUUGGUUUGUAAUAAAAGUUGAAAUUGGAACGUG